UCUAAAUCUAGAUAUCUAGACCUAGAUCUAAAAUCUAAAAAGAAAGAGUGUAUAUACAGUAAUUUAGAUUUAGAUAUCUAGAUCUAGAGUUCUAGAUAUCUACGGUAGAUCUGCAAGACGGAUGCACGCGUCUCAAUCGGCACUGGUUAAGGAGAUAGUGGAUUUGACAGCCAGCCGUUGAACCAGUGAGAGAUUUCGACAACUCGACGCGAGAACAAUCAUGCACCCGGACAUAGGCCUACAAAACUGGAGCUUCGCCGACAACAAGACAGAAUCUGCUACAGAGGCAACAUUUACUAUCGGGGCCCUGUUUGACAGUUUGUUCUCCCAAAAUGGAAAGAACCCGUUCAUGGCUGACCCCAUUCUCAAAAUGCAAUGGGACCUGCUGUGCCUCUUUGCAGUGUUUUUGAUUGGUUCUCUUGUCCGGCAUGCCACAGAUGUCCUCCACCUCCCCAUACCCUACACGGUGGUCAUCUUCUUCGUUGGCUCUGUGGCCGGCUGUCUCCCUCUGUCCGAGGCGGCGGACAUUGGGCCGCACACCAUCCUCUACGUCUUCCUGCCCGUGCUCAUCUUCGAGGGCGCCUUUGCCAUAGACAUGUACGUCUUCAAGCAGAUCUUCAUCCAGGUGCUAGUGCUAGCCGUUCCGGCUUUAGUGUAUAAUAUGAUAAAGAACAUGGUGUGGGUGUCCCUCGGUGGUCCCUUGCUGGGCUACGUCAUGGCCAAGAUCUCCGUCUUCUGGCUGCAGUGGACCUUCAACGACAGUCUGACGGAGAUCGCCAUCACCCUGUCCAUGGCUUAUUUGGCGUUCUACAUUGCUGCCGCCUCCCUGGAAGUCUCAGCCGUGCUGACAGUGGUGACUCUAGGGGCCACUCUGAGCGCUCACCGUACGUCCAUCAGCCCAGAGGUGGAGACUUUUCUGCACAGCUUUUGGGAAACCCUUGGAUUUAUGGCCAACACCCUCAUCUUCGCCAUCUGUGGCUCUAUCAUUUCCAAAAAAGUUUUGGUGAAUGCUGCCCUUCAGGACUGCGUCUAUCUCAUCAUUCUCUACUUUGCCCUUCAGGUGACCAGGGGCCUGACAAUCCUGAUGUUCGCGCCCCUCCUGCGACGCCUGGGCUACGGCCUGACCUGGCAGGACGGCCUGGUGACCUCCUGGAGCGGGCUCCGCGGCGCUGUGGGGCUGGCCCUGGCCCUCAUCGUCUUCAAGUCGGACAACACAGAGCUGCAGCAGCCCGCCGUGGGGGGAAAGAUUCUAUUUCACGUGUCCCUCAUCGUUGUGGCCACCCUGAUGAUCAAUGCAACCACCAUGAACCUACUGCUGACGUUUUUGGGCCUGACGGACGUGACCCCGGCCCGGAGACAGGCCAUGAAGAAAGCCAUCCGACUGUUGGAUGAGAGUCGACAAAAGGUGCUGAACGUGUGGAAGAUAGACAGAUUUUUAGCCGACGCCGACUGGGAUGCCGUGAACAAAAUGUGCACGAUUCACGACCCGUACAUGGACACAGAGACGACGGAAGAGAAGGAGCAGCGGGAGCGACAGAUGGCCACGUGCCCCAGGUGUGGUCUCCCCGUGCCUUACGUGUACACCGCUUCCGAGCUGCGGGCCAUGACCGCCGCCGCCACGCGCAAGUACCUCAAGCUGCUCAAGCAAAACUUCUGGUUCCAGUUUGAGCGGGGUCUCCUGGCCGGUUUCAGCGUGAGGAAGUUAACGGAACUGGCUGAGGAAGCUGCUGACAAGGACAAUGAGAUGAUCAACGUCGCGGAAAUCAAGAAAAUGUGGCGCACACCCAGGAUCGUGUCGACCUUUAAAUCUGCUGUUACCAGACAAAUGGUGUGUCAUACAGCAGAGACUAUGAAACGUCUUCAUCGAGAAGGGUCCCAGUGUAAAAUCACUAUGUACAAGCUAAGUGCCAGCCCGUGGUUGGUGCUGUUGCUGUUUGGAGCGGAUGCCGUCCAGGCGACGGUGACGGUGGCUGUGGCAGAGCUGCUACUCCUGGGAGACGGUCUGAUGGACGCCUUCAUGGGUCUGGAGAGACUGAACGCCAUCUGUGUGCUCGCCACCUGCGCCUUCUACGUCUUCAGGAUGAUCAUGAUCCGCCGCAUCUACGUGAAGACGGUGUGGGUCUAUAUCAACACCAUCAACUUGCUCAUCGCUUGCUCGGAUUUGGUAGCCACGGUGUUUUUCUUCGAUUCCUCGUGGGGACAGCGACUAUUUUUUUCGUCUGAAUCCAUGGAGUAUAUUCUGGAAACGCUUCUUUUCCUCAGACUGCUUCGGAUCCUGUCGCUGCUAGAGGUCUUUGUGGCAGGCACCAACUACCUGCUGUACCACUACAUCCGCUCCCGGCUCAACACAGGCUGUGACGUGGCCAGGGGAUUUGUGCGGGCCAAUGAGCUGGCCAUGAGACUCAUUGACCAGAUCUCGGACGACGCCGGGGUCCGCAACGCCAUCCGGAAGAAAGCGGAGAGCUCUAAGAUGAAGAUGUUGAGAGAACUGGGUUUCCUGCAAGGCUUGCAUCCAGAUAUAGCUCUGGGCGUGAAGACUCGCCACGCCAUCCGGUCUGUGCUGAACGUGAUGAGGGAAGGGAUCAACCAGCUCAUGGAAGAUGGCGGCAUCGACGAGCCGGAGGGCUUGCUCUUCAUUAAGGUGAUCGAGUCGAAGAUGAAACGCCUGCAGGCGGCGCCCCCAAAGCUGCAGAUUCCGUCGGUGAAGAAGAUCCUGGCGGCCAUACCGUGGAUCGACAAGGAGCAGGAGCUGGUGGACCUGAUCCACGAGCUGGCGGAGAAGAAGCUGUUCCAGUACGGGGAGGUGAUCAUGCGCUGCGGGGACCGGCCCGACGGCAUCUACUUCAUCAUCAGUGGGUUAGUCAAGGUGGAGGCGCCGAUGGAGCAGGGUAACCUGACCCCCCUACAGUCCAUGCAGACGCUGGACUUCCUGUCCACGGGCAACGUCAUCGGGGAGAUCAGUGUGCUCACCCAGAGCCACCGCACAGCCACGCUCACCUGUGAGACCAUUGUCAAGGCAUUGUUUCUGGGCCUACAAGACCUGGCCUUUGCCUUUGAAACCUUCGCUCACCUCGAGCCGCCUUUGCUGGACCGCCUGUGGAGAAUCUGUGCCCUGCGCAUCUCCAUCAACAUCCUGUCCAGCGUGCCGAGCUAUCACGGCGUGCGGAAGGAGGCCCUCCUGGCUCGACUGGAACAUUCCGAACUCCUGAACGUGGAGGAGGGCCAGAAGUCUCUGGACAUUUCCAGCAGUGUCAUGGACACCAUCUUAAUCUUGG